GUUCGGUUAAAAAAUUCAGCAUUUCAGCAGGUGUUAUUCGCUUCCGCUAUCCCACCCCUUGCUCAGGAACCAUGAUUGCCAUAAUCUUAUUUCAAAAUAAUGAUAAAUAGCUUAAUAAGAAAUAUUUUAAUUACAUUCUAGCCAAUUCAUAUUCAAUUAAAGAAGAAGAAAAAUGCAGACGAUAUAUUAGAAAAAAAAGUUACAUGACUUGAUGUAAAACCCUUUAACGUCGAAAAUGCUUAGGUGAAAGAGAAUUUAUAAAAUGUAGUUUGUAAUUAUGUUUUAAUGAAUGCCGUGCGUUAGAAUAUACCGAGAAAUAAUUCUGUAUUCAGUUUUGUUAUGGCAAUUCCGACAUAUUUUAUUGGUAAUUGCUUCGACCAUUUAUUUCGAUAUAUGUCAUAAUAAAGAUCAUACAAUUUUCAGUUCAAAUAAUAGUAUUAACAAACACCCUUAUUGUAGUGAAGAUAAUAUAAUUUAUAAAAAUCAGCCUUCUAAAACACAUAAGCCAGAUAUCACAGACCAACUUAUCAAUGAUCAAUCUUAUUUCGCAUACGAUGCUCAUAUUAUCGAUUCUGAAUAUAUAAUCAUUUACAAUGAUUACCAUUCAACUAACAAGCGUAAAGAGUUGUUAUAUGAAAUAUCAUUAUCCUGUGAUCUAACUCGCGAUAAAACCAUAUGGAAUAUAAUAGCUCGUAAACAAAAUAAUCCUUUUGCUUACAAAUAUCCAAGCGACUUUGACAUAAUCGCUCUAAACUUAACCAACAUAUCGUCUGGAUUUAUUGAACGACAAAUCGCAUGCUUUAAUCAAGAUCCUCGUGUCAAAAAAAUUAUUCCACAUUUUAGAGUCACCCGAAAACUUUUACAUUCCCCAAACGAUAUUAAUACUGAAAUAUUUUAUUAUCAAAAUGAGUUCAAGGGAAGGAGGAAACGAAUGUCUUUACCAUAUUCUUUUAAUUCCAAUGACAGAUACACCGAUAAAAAAGACUUUAAGAGUUGGUUUUCUCCUUCUACAAACAAGAAUAAAAUGAGACGUCCUCUUCAAAUGAAUAGUCAAUUCGAGCAGAAAAUAUCUCAUCUCCUGGGAGCCGACAUUCUAUGGUCCCUCAAUGUAACAGGACGUGGUGUAAGGGUUGGCGUCUUUGAUACAGGUCUUUCUUCCCCGCACCAUCCUCACUUUCGUAGGAUCGCAGGCGUCACCGAUUGGACUUACGAAUCACUCACUUCCAGCCCUACAUUUGAUAAUAGAGACGAAUUUGUAAAUAGUGGGCCGGAAAUUGUAGGAGCAGUGAGCAGACGGCACGCAGCUGGGGUCGAUACCCUUGGUCACGGAACAUUUGUGGCCGGGGUUAUUGCAGGCUGUUCCGAUGUGUGCCCUGGGCUGGCCCCUGAUGCCGAGCUUUAUAUUUUUAGAGUUUUUACUGGUUCGCAAAUAUCUUACACAUCGUGGUAUCUGGAUGCCUUCAAUUAUGCCAUCAUCAAGAAAAUUCACGUUUUGAACUUAAGCAUAGGAGGUCCCGACUUUCUGGAUCACCCAUUUCUCGAUAAAGUUUGGGAGAUGAGCGCCAACAACAUGAUAAUGGUUUCCUCCAUUGGGAACGAUGGUCCAAUAGCAGGAUCUUUAAAUAAUCCUGCCGAUAUGAUAGACGUUAUAGGAGUGGGGGCCAUCGUUUUUAAUGACAAAUUAGCUCCAUUCUCAUCUCGAGGAAUGACUAAUUGGGAAUUGCCAUAUGGAUAUGGCAGGGUCAAACCAGAUAUAUUAACUAACGGUUUUGUUUACGGUACCGGAAUUAACGGAGGUUGCCGAUCUUUGUCUGGAACGAGCGUUGCCUCACCAGUGGUUACAGGAGCUGUAGCUUUAUUACUUAGCGCCAUCUUUAAAUAUUAUAACGAUACCCGUCAAACCAACCUAAAACUUCACAACGUCGCCCUCAUAAAACAAUUACUGAUGGCCGGCGCAUCCCGCCUCCCCUCAAUUUCCAUGUUCGAUCAAGGACAUGGAAAAAUGGAUUUGCUCAAAUCUUAUCAACUCCUUCAAGCUUACGCGUUUUCUUCUUUUAAUGGUCAUAAUAGUUCUUCCUAUGAUAAUUUUGAUGACACUAACGAUGAUAAAUCUAAUGCUCAAAAUGUUAAAAAUGUCACAAUUUCGCAAAAAAUCUCCGAUAAUAUCGAAAAUAACUCUAAAAAGAUUAUUAAUAUAAUUGAGAGUACUCAUAUAAGAAACCUUAAAACUCUCGAUAAAAUUUAUAAGAUUCGAUAUGGAAGAUUGAUUCCUUCUCUCUCUCCUCCUUAUUUAGAUACGGCCGGUGCUUCAGAAUGUCCUUAUAUGUGGCCAUUUUGUUCUCAACCUAUUUACUUAACCGCUCAGCCCUUGAUAGUUAAUAUUACCAUAUUAAAUCCCGUUGCUUCUGCCAGUACAUUAGUUGAUAAACCCACCUGGCAUCCUUAUUCCCGCGAAAAUGGCAAAUACUUACAUAUCAAUGUGGCUCACUCAUCCCCGGUCCUAUGGCCUUGGUCCGGUUGGAUAGCCAUUCGCGUGACGGUUAACCAGCUUACAGCCCCACCUUUAUGGGAAGGAGUAGCUUGUGGUCAAAUCAAUCUAACCUUACGCCAUAUUGGAGCCGAUAUCGAUACUGUUUCCAGUACUAGUACAGUAAUAUUUCCACUGAGAAUUAGAAUUGUAAGAAAACCGCCUCGUGAUAAAAGACUUCUAUGGGACCAGUUCCAUAACCUCAAUUAUCCUCCUGGUUAUCUACCCCGUGAUAAUUUACUCCACAAAGAAGAACCAAUGGACUGGAAUGGUGAUCAUCUUCACACUAAUUAUCGUGGAUUUUACAAUCACGUGCGUAGACAGGGUUACUACGUGGAAGUUUUGGCGUCACCUAUCACGUGCUUUGAUCCACUUGACUACGGAGCACUACUGCUGGUUGAUUCCGAGGAAGAAUUCUGGCCUGGAGAGGUGCAUAAACUUCGCGGGGAUGUGGAAAAUGCAGGGUUGUCUUUAAUUGUCAUAGGAGAAUGGUAUAAUACGACCGUUAUGAAACGGGUCAAAUUUUACGACGAGAAUACCAGGCAUUGGUGGAUUCCCGACACUGGAGGGGCUAAUGUACCAGCCCUUAACGAAUUACUCUCCCCCUGGAAUAUAAGUUUGGGGGAUCAAGUUUACGAGGGUCAAUUUUCGAUCGCCAAACAUAUAGUCCAUUUUUCUUCCGGUACUUCAAUUACAAAUUUUCCUUCCCAUAAUUCUUACCUGUUCACACCGAAUCUUAAAGAUCAAGGUUAUUCCGUUAUCAACGAAGGUUCUAAACAAAACUCCCUAAAAUUCAUAGUAAAGACCGUCCCAGUUUUGGGUUUGUAUCAAACGCUAAACAAUGAGAAGGAUACAAAUACUAAAGGCAAGAUUAAACCAGGCAGGAUAGUUGUCUAUGGAGAUUCUAAUUGUUUGGAUAGUUUGAGAAUGACAAAAGAUUGUUUUGGCUUAUUGGACGACUUACUAACUUAUGCUACUCAAGGUGUUCUAAGUCCCGAACUUAUAGCUAAUGCUGACAACUACACCUUCGAUGUACCCGUUGUUUUCCCCACCAGACUUCCUGGCAAUAAAUUGCAUAGAUAUUCUAAAGUUCUAGCUUCUGUGGGAAGUUUUACACCCACUCUGGAAAACCAGAAGCUUGCCUUUCCCCAUCCCGAUAAAAAUUUGGUAUCGACACCCCAUCCGGACGAUUCUGACAAAGCCAAUACAUACCACAGCAAAAAACUUACAAAUGAUAAAAAAAUAAAUAACGCUAUGACAGCUAAUAAAAACUAUAACGAGGAAAAACGAAACACUGAUAUCAUAAAAAAGGAUAAAGAUAAAAAUGUCACGAUCGAUAACGAUGACGUGGGUUUACAUAUGAAUAUCCUUAAAAAUGUCAACGAUAACAUAAUCCAUAAUAAUGGCAGCCAGGAAACGAUCCCCCUCAAUUUGAAACCUUUACCUUCCUGCCAGGAGAAUUCCAAGCGUUUAUCGUUUUUCUCUCCAGCCUUGGGCCGACCUUUAGACCUUAAAUUUAGUCAACAACUUUCACAUCUCCGCGGGCCCUUCGCUACAUUUUUAGCGGAACGUGGUGAUAAAAAGGGAGUUGAUUCUACGAUACUUAAAGAAGUUAAAGAUACGAUAAAUAUUGCUCUACAAAUGAAAAAUUUGGCACAAACAACUCCCGUAUCUAUUCGAGACAUUUCAUCCAUUCCUCCUUUAAUUCGCGAUUAUGCCCCAAAUAAUUAUGGUGAGGAAAGCUUAUUGGAUACUAACCAUUCCAUCGGAAUCAUUUAUUAUCUUUUAUCAUAUCUCCGGAUCUCUCCGACAUUCCCUUUCGUCCCCGUCAAAUCUUUAUGCUUACUAGGAAUAUUUCUUUUCCUAGUCACUCUAGUAAAAUUUUACCGCAGUUACGUAAAAAUAAAUCGCAAUCAUGACGCCGAUAAAUCUGGCCGCAAAAGAUUUCACAAAAAAACCAGUAUUCUGCCCAACUGUUUUAAAAAUUUAUAUCCAACCCUCCGACAAAAGUUUCAGAAAUUUGUUGAGGGAGAUGCGGUCAAUCAAAGAGUAGCUUCUAAUGAAAAGGCUUGUAUAAACAAAAAGGGAAGGCGUAAAAAAUAGGUCAUUUUUUUAAGCUCUAAAAUCAGGUGGUGUUUGAUGCAUUUUGGGGUUGCUAUAGCAAAAAAAUUUUUAAAAAAUUCUUCUCGUUUAGUUGACUUAUUUUCAACGAAUUAAAUCACAAUCAAUCAUUGAGCGUUUAUAACAUAAUAAUUACAAUUUAUCGAUC